AAGACAGAGAACAGCGAGCAGAGCACAGAGGAGACGCAGCAGUGGCAAACGCAAGCACGCAUCCCGCCAGCACGCCGUCGCCGAAGAGGACAGCCAGCGCUGCGGCCAUCGAGCUGCGUCCAGUGCGCCGCUCCGCCGCAUCGGCGACACACGAGCACGGCGCGGGCGAGCACGGCACGGGCAGCAGCGCGUCUUCGCGGCAUCAGCGGCCGGCCAUGGACUCGACGUCAUCGUCCGCGCUGCGGGCAGCGCAGCAUCGCCGCAGCGAAUACCUCGCGGGCGUCGCCCUGCUGCUGCUCGUUGUCCUGCUCUGGACGGGCAGCAACUUCCUCACCAACACGAUGCUCACCGGCGCAUACAACAAGCCGUUCGCCGUCACUUAUCUGAACACGUCGUCGUUUGCGCUUUAUCUUAUUCCCUUUGCGUGUGCCCGCUCGCGGAAGCGCAGUCGAUCCAAGGCCGAUGGCGCACAAGAAGAGUCCUUCUGGGCGCGCAUCGGCUUUCGCCUGCCCGAGAGCGGCCGGCGAGACGUCGAGGACUCGGCGAGCCGAGGCCAAUAUGAGGGCCUGCCGAGUGAGAGCGAGCCUGCUCUGGCAGUGCGACAAAGGCGGCUCUCGCCGUCCUAUCCGCGCGGCAGCCUCGAAGUGCGGCCACUGCUGCCGCGGCCGAGCAGCAUCGACGGGCGGCGGCCACGCUCGAUCAUCGAUGCUUCGACGGCCGCGCCGCUGCCCAUCGUCGCGCUCGCACCUGCAGCGCCGCUGGGCGAGCCGCCGCUGACGUUCAGCGAGACGGGCUGGCUUGCGGCGCAGUUCACGCUCGUCUGGUUCGCCGCCAAUUGGAGCCUCAACGCCGGGCUGGGUCUCACCAGUGUCGCGAGCGGCACGACGCUCAGCUCUGCCAGUGGCUUCUUCACGCUCGCGCUCGGCAGCAUCCUCGGCGUCGAGAUCUUCACGCUGCCCAAGCUCUUUGCCGUGUCGCUCUCCUUCGCCGGCGUCGUGCUUGUCACGCGCGCCGACAGCGCCCAAGCGGGCCUCGGUGCGCCGGCGAACGCGCCGCUUGGCGAUGCGCUGGCGCUGCUGUCAGCCUUCUUCUACGCCGCCUACGUCUCGCUGCUCAAGGUGCGCAUCGGCUCCGAGGAGCGCGUGAGCAUGCCGCUCUUCUUCGGCUUCGUCGGCGCAUUCAACGUGCUCGGCAUGUGGCCCAUCGGCCUGCUGCUGCACCUCACCGGCACCGAGGUGGCGCAGGUGCCGGCCGACGGCAUGACGUGGGCCGGCAUCGGCGUCAACAUGUGCAUCACGUUUGUCUCCGACUUCGCCUACUUGCUGGCCAUGCUGAAGAGCUCGCCGCUGAUCGCGACCGUGGGCCUGUCGCUCACGAUCCCGCUCGCCAUGCUGGGCGACAUUGCGCGCGGCUCGCACUCGGGCGGCCUGCAGGCUGACGCUGGCAGCGUCAUGGUGCUGCUCUCCUUUGUGGCCGUGGGCCUCGCAGACAACGCGCUGCUCUCGCGGCAAGUGGACAACGAGACGGCUGCGCUGCCAGCAGGCGGCACCGUCUCUGACGUAGACGCAGAGCGGCCGCGCGGGCGCGCCGAGGACCGGUAGAUGGCUAAUCGUAUGGUGUCAUUGCUCA